CUAACUACACUGACUACAGGAAAGACGCGGACAGGGAAUGUAUGACGCGGGUGGUUUUAAUAUAUAGAAAGAAUCUCAUUAUACAUUCAUUUCUCUUUCAACUAAAUAUCCAUUUGAUCUUAUAAAAUGGCGCUUCUCAUUUGGCUUUUAUGUUUAACAGUUGGAGGAUCCUUUGCCUUCCAAUGUGGUGAAAGAAAAAAAUGCGAUGAUGGUACACUUAGAGAAAUGAUUGAAUUGGAUUUUUUUCCAAAUAAAGAGCAAUUGUCUAGAUUAUGCCCGAAAUUUUUAGAGUUCUUUGAUUGCUACUUCGCGGAAGUUGAAAAAUGCAUCCUACUUAGCAUUCCAGAACUCGCUAAAACCGGUCACGAAUUUGCCUCCCAGUUAUUGGCUGCAAGAAAUUUUACCGUUGAUCUUUGUAAUGAGAAUUCAACUUUGCACAAUGAUUAUGUGUCCAACAUCGAUUGCAUCUUGGGUGUUACCACUCCGAAAUCACUUCUUUAUGAAGAAGAAGCAUGGAAAUCGGUGAUAAUUUUUUUCGAAUACAAGGAACAGUUUCAAACAAUUGGAAUGGAUAAAGAAAAUAUAAUGGACACUCUGUUUUGUCUGGAGUAUGGUUUCAUAAUAACAAGUUUGGCUCAGGAUAUUAAUAAGGAUUGCGGUAAAAGAGCCCGAGAACUAUAUUUGACUAUAUUGGAUCUCAGCAACGUCGACAAACCUGUUGAUUGUUCGACUGAAAGCAUAUUAAGCCUGAAGCGAGAGUUCCUGGAUUUCCAGAAGUUGGAAGAUGACAGUGAGGAUUAUUGGUCUAUCUUUCAAAUAGUUCGAAGAUGAUGAAAUGAUCUCUUUUGUUUAAAAUUUGUUUUGGAAUAUCAUUUUUUUUCUACUGACCCUUGCUUCAUAUAUCCAUAAAACUUUGUCUGAAUUUUUCACUUUUAAGGACAAAAAUAAAGGUAGUGCAAUUUA